AGGGUAACAGUUGCUAGGUGACAGCAGUGUACACAGGAGAGAGGGAGCAGCAUGGCCACUUACUACAGUGCUAACCAGUAUGACAGCGCCUUCAGCUCCACUAAACUGCAGAACUGGAACGUCCCCAAACCCUACACGGAGAGGCCAUCCACCCAUGAUGGGUUCACACAGUUCAUUUCCGACAACAGAGGGCACCUGCUUCCGGGGGUCCCGCGGUCAAAGACCAGUCCAUGGGGGACGUACAUCGGCACCUGGGAUAUGCCCUCGAAGAUCCCCCCUACCAGAGUGAGCCUUACAUCCCGCACAGCCGACGCCUCGAGACGUCUCACGGAAUGGAUCCAGAAAUCAGAGUCGCUUGUUACCGCCUGCAACGGACUGCGACCGGAUGUCACCGGGAAGGUUUCCCAUCAGAAAGAAGAUCACCCCCAGGAGCAGAGCCGAGGCCCUAGUCAGAGGAGCGACAAAGGCCCCCACGGAUGUGCCCGUCAGCCUGGCCCCCGUCAAAACGAGCAGAGGGACCACGACGCCGGCAGUGGCAGAGCUCUGCAGGAAGACCCCGAAAUAGACACGUGAUCACUGUAUAGAUUUUUCUUGGGGGGGGGUCAGGGUUCUUUAAGCCUCAUUAAACCUAAGA